UUCCUCCUCCUCCCGUCAUGCCCGCCUUCUCCUUCCUCCCCCCGGCUCCCUCCAGUGCUCACACCCACCACAGACCCAUGUGCAGCCCGGAGAGGAUCGUACCGAUCCGCCUUGUGCAGCCAGGCCUCGGGCGGAUCUCGGGGCUCAGCAUGCAACUGUCGGCAGCCCAGCUCCAGAAAGCCCAGGAGCAGCCGCCCUCCUCGCCCGAUCUCCGGGGUUGGCUCAGUGACAUGGUCCAGCAGGAAGCCAAGAGGCCCGAGCGGCCAGCCUCUCCCGAGCAGAAGAGCAGCGAUGCCAGCUCCGGAUACUGGCAUCAUGAGGAAGCCAGCAGUCCCAGUCCUGGACACUGGCACACCGAGGAGAUCAGCAGCAGCAGCAGUGCCAACCCCAGAUACUGGCAGUCAGAGGAGAACAGUGCUAACCCCAGAUACUGGCAGUCAGAGGAGAACAGUGCCAACCCCAGAUACUGGCACACAGAGGAGAACAGUGCCAACCCCAGAUGCUGGCACACAGAGGAAAACAACAGUGCCAACACCAGAUGCUGGCACACAGAGGAGAACAACAGCGCCAACCCCAGAUGCUGGCCCCCAGAGGAGAACAACGGUGCCAACCCCAGAUGCUGGCACCCACAGGAAAACAAUGGUGCCAACCAAAGCUCAUGGCACCCCAGUGCCACAAUCCAGCUGCCAAAUACCAGGACUGAAUCCCACCAAGAGCGGCUGGCACUGCAUCUGGCCGAGCUGGAAAAACAGGACAAGUACCUGCGAGAGAAGAACCGAUACCGGUUCCACAUAAUCCCAGAUGGGAAUUGUCUAUACCGAGCCAUCAGCAAGGCGAUGUACGGCGACCAGAGCCUGCACUCUGACCUACGGGAGCGUACCGUACACCAUGUGGCCGACCACCUGGACACCUUCAACCUCAUCAUUGAGGGUGACAUUGGUGAGUUCUUGAUCAACGCUGCCCAGGACGGGUCGUGGGCCGGGUACCCAGAGUUGCUGGCCAUGAGUCAGAUGUUGAACAUCAACAUCCACUUGACCACUGGAGGAAGGCCAGAAUGCCCCACUGUGUCUACCAUGGUCCACUACCUGGGAGAAGAAAACCCCUGCAGGCUCAACAUCUGGCUCAGUUGGCUCAGCAACGGCCACUACGACGCUGUGCUCGAGGAGCCCCUGCCCAACCCGGAGUAUGAAAACUGGAGCAAGCAGAACCAGGCCCAACGACAACGAGACCAAGAAUUGGCCAAGUCCAUGGCGAUUUCCCUCUCCAAAAUGUACAUUGAGCAGAACGCUUGUUCCUGAGAUGAGACUCUGUGAUGUGGACUCCAAUCCCUGAGG